AUGGAUAGCGAAGAAAAAAGCUCAAGCUUUCGACUCAGAAUGCUUUGCCACGUUUCCUUACCCGACAGCGUUGUCACAGAAUUCAAACUUCGGGAGAAAGCGAGAGGACAAGAGCUUUUACAAGCGGUUAGUAUUUUGCUUUGACUGUCUGGCUCAAAGUCCACAGUCACUUUUUUAACCCGUAGGAUCUAACUUUUUGCUCCCUUUAUUUACGCCACGUCUUGUUCGUAUUUGCCAGGUCUGCAAAAGACUCGGAAUUAUUGAGCUUGACUAUUUUGGACUUCAAUUCUGUGGGCCAAAAAGCGAAGUUCUCUGGUUGAAUACAAGAAACAGGAUUCGUCGACAAAUUUCCGGUGCAUCGCCGUAUCGUUUGCAGUUUCGCGUAAAAUUCUUCGUCCAGCCACAGUAUUUGCUUCAAGAUUCUACAAGGUAAGAUAUGAAAACAUCUUCUAAUUAGAGAAAUGAGUAUUUUCCCACUGGAGAUUUUUUGGCGGGCAAUUGGGCAAUUCAUUCGGAGAAUUCAUAGACUGGUACUUGUUCCUGAUCUGGUAUCAGCUGUGCUCAUAAAAUGUUGCCAUUUCUUUCUCGCACAGGCACCAAUACUUCUUGCAUUUAAAGAAUGACUUGGAAGAAAAGAAGAUAACCCCAGAUCCAGAGAAAGCAGCGACUAUAUAUGCUUUAAUUGCUCAGGCAACCAUCGGAGAUCACGGCGAUUCCUAUUCACCUUGUGAAUUUUGUCAGGCAUCGGAAGUAGAAACUCAGUGGACUUCCGAGUUUCGAAGCACCGUUUCUUUAGAACAUGCCAAGCUGAAGGGUAUGCGAUCGGCUGCAGCGAAACAGUUUUUCAUCAAGGAACUGUCGCUCAUGGACAACUACGGAUUUGAGUAUCAUUUGGCGAAAAACGAGUUGGGACAAUCGUUGCACAUUGGUGUAGGAAGUGAGGAAAUAAAGAUAUUCGACCACGACUUUAACUUUACGGAUAGGUAAGGAAAAAACCUACUGUAUUUAUUUUCCAAAUGAGCUGAUCUUAUAUCUCAAGGGACUUUACAGGCUAAGAAAGAAAAUACGUGUUUUGCAAAGCGAGCUUCACAGUAAAUCACAUGAAGAGCAAUACAAAGUUUAACCUGGGAAGGUCACCUUAGUUCAAAGCUAGUGUUUCUUAUGGAAAACACAUUAACACUGCUUCGAAUUGAUUUAUCCGCUUCACCAAUUUAGUAGCGUUUACAGAAAGAAUUUCGGCAAUAAUUUUGCGAAUGUUACUAUUUGGCUUAAUUUUGAUCGAAGUGAAGUCCUGAUCGAGCUAAACCCCGAAGGCCCAAUUUUGCUUUUAAGCUUAAAUUGUUUUGCAUCACAACAUGGUUUCUUAACCCAAAUUAUUUAGCAGCCAUGAAUUUUUUGUGGAACGGUUCAAAAUUAAAAUAUUUAUUUUAGAGCGUGAUGAUUGUUUUAUUAUACCAGCAUCGUACGUGAUGUAUACAUAUCGUGUUUAUCUUUUCAACAUAUGUAUUCAACCCGACUCCACAAAGUCUACAGAUGAGCAAUAAACAUUCGCUUUAAUUCUCGGUAGAUCGGAUUAUGACGCUACACAUUCAAAAGAAUAGAGGGAGAACUGUCCAACACCCAUGAGUAAAUUUCACGUAUUGUGUCCCGUAUUUUACUUAUAAUAUUUUCUCAUAUUUUUUGGGUGACCUGUAAUAAUAUAUUAUUUUCGUGUUGUACGUGACAAGGUCGUUCCCUCUAUUGUAAUCGCAUGUCAAAUCAAGCUCUUGCAUGAUUUUUGCAUUGCAAAGGCUUCGUAAGUUGGAUAUUGUCUGUGUCACCUUGAGGGAUAAUUUUAUAACUUAAAAAGCUACAAUAGCUCUUUAGUUUAGAUCAUUAAGACCACUACAGAGAUAAUCAAUGACAGCUCUGACCUCGAACAUCUCCAAGAUAUUUAUCUUUGUUGAAAAGCUUUAGGCCUUCUUGAAGGUCUGUGACAGUUUCUCAACAAAAAGCUGCCCCUUCGACUUGCAAGUACUGCUUCUCUUGAAGAGUGCUUGACAAAAAUAACAGAAUCAUUUGUGGUUUCAAGAUUAUAUUAGCUACAGAGGUAAAAACAUUUGCAUAAUUCUCAUAGCUCCAAGCCAAAUUUGUUAACUCAGGCCUGAAACAUGAAAGAUUAAAUUGGUGUGAAAUUUACAUGACAGUCUUUGAUAAUCAAUUUCUACUUAUGACAGUGCAAAUAGUGCUUUGGAGAUGUAGCAGUGUCAUUUCAUGAGGUUCUUGAAUCGUUUCUUGUUUUCAAGACUAUGUGAAAAUAUUAUUAUUCUGUACUGUGUGGCUAUAACAAACUACACGUGACAACAAAAAGGGCAAAGGUGUCUAUUGUCUAAUAAUUUAUGGGACCAUAAUUUCGUGGUUUUCCAUUUUCCUUUAAGUGGUUCUCUAGCUAUCCUUAUGACAGUAACAGUGUGAAAAUGACAAAUUGGUAUUAAUAAUGUAUUGCUUAUAAUGCCAUUUGUUAUCACACAAGCUUGGCCCACGUACAUCUCAAUUCAUCCAAUACACUUUAAUGCAAAUGUUUGUUUUUUGUUGUAAAGCUUUGAUUUUGAAAAUAUCCCCUUAGUAAUAUAGCCCUUCACAGGUGAUAAACGGCCAGUCCUUUACAUAGAAACUGUUCCAUGUUAGACUAUAAUGUUUUGGAGAUGCGGCGCAGUGCUGUGUCAAUACUACCCUGUUGAAAUGAUUGGUAUGUUUUUUGUGACAGAUUUCCAUACACUGGUCUUAAAAUGGCAACACAUGUGAAGAACAACCUACAUCUGACGAUAAUAACUUCUGAUGGGGAGACAAUGCUCACAUUCCGUCUGGUCAGUCAGGUAGCUGCUUGCGCUCUGUACAGGUCCAUCACAGAGUAUCAUGCUUUUUACCGCUGUGAGACUGUGCGUAAUGCUGUUACGAACCAGUUCACAAGAGACCUAAAAGAAACUCUUAUUUCUUUCUUUGGAGAUGAGGAAUCUGAGAAAAAAUACAUCUUUGAUGUUCAGAGGACUUCCAAAGAGGUUUAUGAUCAUUGUCGGAGAGUUUUGUUUAAACGCGGGUGUGAUCCUAUUCAGAGAAAUUCUGAAAGGGAACAACUUGAGGAUAAACCCCAGAAUGCUGAUGUACAAGCAACUCAACUCCAGCAAAAACUGACCAGGAUGGAGGAUUCAUUUAAGUGCAAAAUCUGCAUGGAUGCACAGAUAGACACCGUGUUCUGUCCUUGUGGUCACAUGGUUUCGUGCCAUGUCUGUGCAGGAAAUGUCAACCUUUGUCCCAUCUGCAGAGGCAUGAUUCAGCAUGUCCAGCAUGUGUUCUUUCCUGUUAUGGUUGAGUAACUGCUGUUAAAGGCCAGUUGGUGUUGCUGAAGUUAGAUAUAAAGUCAAUGAAAAGUGUGUAAUGUGCAAUGACCACCUUGCCACACUAAAGGACUGUUGGCUUUUAUGAUGUUCUGACUACAUUGUAGUACUUGAUGAGAAGCAACUGCGCUCCCAGGACACAAAGUGAGGUGCACGCUUUGUUGAAAGCUGAAACCUUGUGAUGACUUGGUGUGAAAAGGAGUUUGCAGAGUCUCUAAACUGAGUCCGUGUUUCACCGAUCUGCGUACAGCUGCUACACCUAAUAGCUGUGACAAUCAGUCAAGAAGUAAAAGACAGUAUGUAGAGUAUUUUUAUCAAAUAAGUAAUUUGUAUUAGUGCUAAAGUAUAAGUGGAUUUGAAAGCAAGUUACAGAUGUGUAGAUAGAAUAAAUAGAUUUAUUAGAGUCUUAGGAGAAACAUUAUUUUACAGUGCUCUGAAUGGGUAGAAUAGUGCUUGUUGAUUUUCAUUAUUCAGGUACCUGUAUAAUUAUUAUAAAGAAAUAGUUGUGAUUUUUCAGAAUGUCAGGAAGUGAAAGCAAAUGGAUGGAACGUCUCAGCACUUAAGUUUCCCAUGUGAUUUAAGUUAAAUAUAGAGAGUUCAAGCUUCAUGUAAAUGGCAAAUGUCGGAUUCAAGUUGAGAAUUUCUCAAAAUAGAAAAUGAGCAGAUAAAAACAGUUCAAAACAAUUCUUACGGAUGAAAAGUUGCAUGAAACUACUAAUUUAUGUGUAGAAAUAAUGAACAGUGAAUAACAAGUACGGGGAAACCUGGCCACAUGGUACAAAUUCACAUUUGACGUGAAGCUUAACCUCUCUAAUGUUCUGGGUUAGCUUUAUCCUUGGUGCAAUAUAUUGAUUUUGCUUUUUCAGGGGGGUAUGCAGGGCAGUAAACCAUGGUAGUUUGAAACAGAGUAAAAUAAAAACCAAGGUGAAAUUGAACCAAAACACAAUCCACAUGCAAGAUUGAUAGACUUUUAGUGCUGGUCAGAUCAUGGUUUUAAUAUGCAGCUUUAUUUCACGGUGGUGAAAAACUUGUAAUUAUUGUAGAAAUAAUGUAUAGUUAUGUAAAUUUGUAUGAAGACACUCUAACUGAUGUGUUAUUUUCGAAGAAAGCAGCUGGCUGGUACUUGAAUAAGUCCAAAAUAUCGGUCCAAGGUAUUUCCCAAUUUUAAAGGGGUGAGGUGACAACUUGGUAUUUUUUUGAUUCUGUAUAUUUUCAGUAAUUUCAGCUUUAAAUUACAACUUGGUGAAAGAAAUUUUUUGUCAUUGGCAAAACCAUCAACAUGUAAUA